AUGAGUUUUGGGUGGAGACCUGAGGGGGACCAUGUUUUGGGGACUGCGAAUACCGUUUGCGCUUCGGAGUUAACCUUGGAGAAUAAAAACAUCAAGGAGGGCAAAGUUACUUUUUUCUACAAGUUGACGGAUCCUCUUUCAUUAGCCUACUUCACAGUUCGUAAUGAGCGCUGCGUGUUGGACGGUGGUAAGAGCCACAUCUUGCCGCCUAGUCCGAAAAGCAACUGGGCCUCGUUCUCAGCACCAGUUCCUAUCGGUUCAUCCACACUGCAGUGGUACCUCUAUUCAGAAAAUUAUUAUGAAAAGAGCUCCGUGGUAACGCAAUUUAAGUUGAAGUCGGUACAGAUCACAGGUCGUCCUGCGACAAUAACCUGCCUCGAGUGUGAACCUGGCUACUACGCAGACAAACCGGGAUCUGACAAGUGUUAUAAGUGUCCAGAGAACACGUUCUCCAAACGGAGAGCCAGUUCUUGCAGUUUUUGUGCCAACGGCAUGUACUCGCUGCCUGGUUCAAGUGAAUGCAUUAAGAAGGAGGCCUGUAAACCCUCGGAAUACAUCACUGCCUUUACUGAAUGUAGUGUCACUCCCGAUGCGCAACAUUUGGUAACCAAGCUCAUCGAACCGGUCAUUUGUGAGGAUACCAAAGCUUUGCAACCAGUGAGCACCAAUGUGGCCUGUGCCUCCUGCCCCCUUGGUACGAAAGUGCUAAACACGACCCAUUGUGGCAGUUGUCCGUCGGGUUUUUUAACAUCAAAAGACGGGCGGAGCUGUCAAGCCUGUCCUGACAAUGAGGUGCCCAUCUUUGGCAUCAAGUAUGACACAUGGAGUCGAAUGCCGCCUAGGAUGACAACUUACUGCCACGAAGGGGACGCCGUCUGCCAGGUGUGGCAGCUGAAUAGGUCGUCGAUAUUUGUGGGCCCCGGCCUUGGAAACCACGUCUACUCAGUGUUGGACCUGGAGCUCGGCGAUGGCUUCCUUGGACCCAAGCCAUACGAAUCUCCCUACCUCUCGCGAUUUACAAACCCUCUGCCGGGCACAAAAUUGGUCUUCGACUUCGAAUUGGACUGUCGAGGGCAUUGCUCUCUCACCUUCAUCGUGGAUAUGCAAUGGAUCUCCCUAAUCGUCGGCAAAUGGUCGGGUCGUGUUAAUCGUACAACGUUCUCGUAUGAACCGUAUAGUUGUGAAGCAGCUUUGUUUUCGUGGGAAUUUAAACGGUGGGACACCACGGGUUCAGAACUUGAUCCGAAUGCUCGUGGGGACAGGGCGAUCAUUUACUCCAUUGAAGUUAACAACACUCGCGGUACUGGAGCUCUUGGCUGCAAAAAGUGCCCACUUGGGAUAGACAACCAAUUUUGCAAGCCAUGUAAUGAGGGUCUUUUCUACACCAUGAUAACAAAUGAGACUUCGGGAGAGACUCACGCAGAAUGUGUUCCUUGUCCCAAUGGAACUAUGGUUAUUGGCGAUGCGUCGGCAAUCAUGACGGUGGAACAGGCUUGCAAGGCUUGUCCGCCUGGAACAAUGCCAGGCAGUGGUGAGGAGUGUCUACUGGACUUGCGGCCAGUAACAUCUACUGGUCAACGUUACGAUUUUAGAAAACUACUAAACAGGGGAUUUACAACGGCGGGAGUCAAAUUGUUCACUUCUCAAGGCUACGAAUUUCAGCAUCACUUUAAGCUCUUUCUGAACACCCAGAAGUCGGAUUUGCGAUCCAAUUGUGUCAACAGUAACCAACUUGAUGCUAACGUGACGGCGUGGAUAUGUCGAGAAACCUGGACCCCUGUGAAAGACGAAUUCGGCGCUGAUACUUACUUUCGUUCCAGGGCGUUGAGCCUCGGCGAUGUCUUGGUAAAGGGCGUGCAAACCAAUUCGUCCGAAGCAUUUGCCAAGGAAAUAAACUCAAAACUUGUCAAUGGCGGAUGGAAGGCUGAUGAUGAAGGGACAGAUUUCCACAUUUUUUUCCAGACGAAGUCAUCAACAAAUGCCUGUCCAGACGGUAUCAACACCAUCGUGACCUUGCGGUGUGGUGAAGUCGACGAUGUCUCCAACACCUUGGCACGAGUUCAAAUUCCUCCCAAUUGUGCAGUGGGGACGUGUGAUGGGUGUCAGUACCACUUUAUGGUGAUUUCACCCUUCGCCUGUCCAAUUUGUCGCCUUCAAGACUAUCGUCGUAUAGCUGGGGGUUGCUAUGGUGGUGUUAUGGAGGUGACGCUAUUGCCUCCUAAAACUUGUCGUCCUGCAGAGAAUUUUACAACUCUCAUCACCGAGCCAUGUCCACUGCUCUCUUUGCAAGGCAAAAUUGCGGUUGGCUUGACAAUGACGCUUAUCAUCUUACUGCUUCUCACAAUCUUCUAUUGCUAUCGAAGAAAUAAGAAACUGGAAUACAAAUACAUGAAGUUGGUGGAGGGCGCAGAGGCUAGGGUGAAGAAUUCAUUUGGGAGUUCUAGCUCUGAGGCUAACCAACAAGGCACAGAAUGUGGCAUUCCAGAGGACGAAAAAGAGGUUGAGCUCUACCCAAAUCAACACGUCACAGCCAUCGCAGGUGGCGAACGGGACAGCAAGUGGAACCAGAUAGCCCCCCCAGCCAGCGGUGACAAUCGCGGGGCCGGUUUUGGGCCUGUCAUUUUUAGAGUGAGUGUUCUGCUUCAAUUACUUUUCCUCUGCUUUAUUCUUAAGUACAUUUCUAGCAUUGUGCGAAGCAACCGACCUUACGCUAUUUCCUGA